UAUGGAUCUUUUACAUUUGUAUAAUGACGUAAAAGAUGCAACUCAAGUUGUUCUCGGUAGCUUGGCGAAUUUAAAAGGUGUUUCAGUGACUGAACUGCACAGGCACUAUGGUUUAAUUUUUGAAGACGAUGACUGAGAUUGUUUAUAACUCGGCAGUGAUCGUGUGUGUAAGUUUUGUGAAGCAAAUUUAUUCUUAUGUGCAGGGUAAAACGAAAAAGACGCGAAAAAUUGUUCAACAGAGAUUUGCGCAAAUGAAGAAAAUGAUAAGUUUAAGCGACUCAAGAAUAAAGGAAAAAGAUCGUUUGCCGUCUAGGAAAAAAAAACCUGAAGAUCCACAUCAGAUAAAAGUCCGCGAAGUCCCUCAGGUAUCGUCGGCUUUGUUCUUCCAGUACAACACUCAGUUGGGACCACCCUAUCAUAUUCUUGUUGACACCAAUUUUAUAAAUCAUUCAAUCAAAUUCAAAUUGGACAUAAUCCAGAGUAUGAUGGACUGCUUGUAUGCAAAAUGCAUCCCGUAUGUAACUGAUUGUGUUGUCGGUGAGUUGGAAAAACUUGGCCAGAAGUACAGAAUUGCAUUGAGAAUAAUCAAAGACCCACGAUUUGAACGUAUACAUUGUAUGCACAAGGGUACAUAUGCUGAUGACUGCAUAGUGCAGAGAGUGACACAGCAUAAAUGUUACAUAGUGGCAACGUGUGAUCGGGACCUGAAAAAGAGGAUACGAAAGAUUCCUGGCGUUCCCAUUAUGUAUGUCGCCCAGCACAGGUUUACCAUUGAGAGGAUGCCAGAUGCAUAUGGUGCACCGAAGAGUUAAUAUAGGAAAUACGUUUGUGCCUAUGUUAAUCACUGUGUAAUGUAUAUGUUGGACUCAUGGAAGAGAUUUCGUUGGAAUGAUGGGAGCCUUUCUUCUGUGUUUUAUAUAUGUUAUAUAUGUUCUGCAGUAUAUUUUUGAAAAGUCCAUUUGUGUUCCAAUAAUUUGUGAUAUAAUUGUAACGUGAGCUUAUUAUUUCCCUCAGUAAGAAAAUGUUUUCCAUGUAAAUGUCAGAUUCAAAUUAAUUUAGUAUUCCGUGUUGUGUAUUUUGUGUCAAUUUCACAACACUUGUAUGCUUUUUCUGAUUACUAAGUUAUAAAAAGAAAAGAUCACUAGUGAAAUAAAUAUUCACCAUUAGUAAUUUCUUUGUAAUUAGUGUAUACAUAAAAUAAUGAAGUUGCUCCAUCAUUUGGAUCUCAUGUUAAACUACAGGUCCUUCUGUAACUAAUUGAAAAACUGUGUGAUCUGGUUGGGAACAGGUAAGAGCAUAGCACUUCCAGUAAGGACUCCACCCAGUGGUGGACAAUGAAUCUUCAGGUUUAGAACACCUUUACAUUUUUAGUCUUUACAGUCUAAGGUAUAAUUAAGUAAACAAAAAUAACGACUCCUAUGUCAGUGUGACAUUCCAAAUUGAGAAAUUUGCUUCCGAAUGUCUUGCUCUCUUUCCUUGUGUGUGGGCAAAUUGAGUGUUUCGUACACUAUAGAUACAAACUUGGCUUUGUAAGAAGGGAGUCAAUAUUACUGUCAAUUGUAAUUGUGUCUUGUAUUUAUGCUUUUAAUAUAUUUAUCACCAUAUUCUUUAAAAUUAUUAAAACCUGUAUAUCCUUUGUUCA